AUGGGAAAUGAUGUCAUUCAUCAGUUAACAAAAGAAAACAACUCAUCCCUUUAUGUCUCCAUCACUCUCCAGAAUGGUACUACUCUGUAUGAAAUGUACGACCGAUUCUCUGUCUCCUCGGAAACAUGGAAUUAUGAACUGUUUCUUGCAGGACCUGCCACGGGGACUUUGGGAGACCGUAUGUUAAACACAGGGACCUUUUACACAGUUCUGUCUGGGAUGUCCUUCUCCACCAACUACAGGGACAAUGACAGGCAUAGUUCUGGUAACUGUGCUGCUUCCAGUGGCCGUAGAGGAGGCUGGUGGUUUAAUGCCUGUAGCCACGCCUUUCUUAACGGUCAGUGGUCCCCGGGAGACUGGCAAAGACCCUGGUAUCCCACAGUGACGAGUAGGACAUCAGUGAAGGGGACCACCAUGAUGAUCAAACGUCAUUAG